AUGGAAGGGAUACUGAAGACGCUUCUCACGAAGGUGUUGGGACCCUUUGGGCAGUGGAAGGAGCGGCGGGUCACAGAACGGAGAGAAGCAGCCCAGAGGGAGGUGGUGUUGGCUCAAGAUGGGAUUACAAUUGGGAUGACAGUUCUGUUGAAGCAGAUGGAUUUGUUUGAACAGAUCUCAACGGCGCGGCAGUUAUUUACAUCAACGGUGGCGCCAGUUGUGGACUACGCCUCCAAUGUCUGGAUGCACGCGUGUAAGGACAAGGCCGGGCCGAUCAAUCGAGUCCAAAGAGUUGGAGCACAAGCCAUUGUGGGGACAUUCCUCACGGUCGCGACCAGCGUAGCGGAGGCGGAGGCCCACAUUGCCACCCCGCGCAACCGAUUCUGGAGACGGGCCGUGAAGAUGUGGACGGACAUUUAUACCCUUCUUGAAACAAACCCGCUCCGCAGAGGUACAGACCGGAUCAGAAAGUUCAGACGAUAUCAUCGCUCGCCGCUGUACCAAGUGUCAGAUGCGCUUAGGCACAUCGAUAUGGAGACACUGGAAACAAUUGACCCGUUCACGCUGGCCCCAUGGGACGAACGCGUACAGGCCAAUAUUGACGGACAACAUGAGCCUCAGACUGAAGCGGGCGGGUUGAUGCAGAUCGCGGUCAGCAGCUCGGCACGGAACGAGCUGGUGGAAUUUGGAGUCGCAAUCGAGAAACAGCCACCUCGAAAUCGAAAAUUGAAGCUUAAAACGGUUUCCAUCACAUUGGGCGCGAGGGCAGAACAGAACCCGUUCUCUGCGGAGCUGGCAGCCAUGGCACAUUCUGGCCAGGAGCUUGUUUGUCAGAUAUACAAGUUGAUGAGAAGGUUGCGGAGGAAUGGAAACCGCAUUAAAUUCCACUGGAUCCCUACUACCGAAGACAACAAGCUGUUAGGUCUGGCUAAAGAACAGGCCAGAACUGCAACACAAGAAGAUGCUCUCCCACAAGAACACGUCUCGAGGAUGAAGUCGACAACAUUGAACAUCGCACGGUCCCAAGCAGUCCCCAGCAGUGAGCUCCCAGAGAGCAUAGGAAGACACGCAAAACGAGUAGAUGCCGCACUGCCAGGCAAACACACCCGGCAGUUGUAUGAUCGCCUAACGUGGAAAGAAGCGAGCGUACUGGCCCAACUCCGAACUGGCAUGGCUAGACUGAAUGGAUAUCUCAAUCAAAUUGAUGUAGCAGAGACGGACCAAUGCGAUUGCGGACAAGCAAGAGAGACCGUGGAACACUUCCUCUUCCGAUGUCGGAAGUUGACUGCACACCGGACGGAAAUGUUACAAUGCACGCAGACUCACCGAGGAAACAUAUCCUUCUUCCUGGGAGGAAAACAGCCUUCUGAUGAUCAGAAAUGGACGCCAAACCUAGAGGCAGUACGGGCCUCUAUACGUUUCGCCAUUGCGACAGGCCGACUUGAGGCCACUUGA